GUGGGUUGCUUUGGCACUGCCCCUUGGCGGAGGCAGCGGAUUGGGGCGACUACAAAAGCAGGAAGAGAGUCGGGACGUUCCUGUGAGUCACUUGAGCUGUGGGAAAAAGGCAGUUGCAGCGCUCUUUUUUUUAGCAAAGAUGCCCAUCCUCAAGCAGUCCCCCGUUUCUCAUUCCAAAAAGAGGCCCCGUCUGGAUCGAGCCAUGAUUAGCGCCCCUUUGGGGGACUUUCGACAUACGAUGCACAUUGGCCGUGGGGGCGAUGCUUUUGGGGAUACAUCAUUCCUCAGCAACCAUGGGGGCACCAAGACCAAUGGGUUGCCUCACGAUGUAGCAGUGUCUCCUGGGUCUCUUGGUUCUCCUGGAGAUGUUUCUGGUUGCUUUGAACUGCUCUCCCCUCCUGGGAGUGGGAAUGGAGUAGUCCAAAGUCCAGCAACAUCAACCCCUGAUGGCAGCUUUGUGGUACUGCAGAGCCCAGAGAAGGCUGAUUGGAAGCCCCCUAAUGGAGAAGGGUGGGACCUGCAACAGAACUUCUCCCUGGAGAGUCCCACACUGGACCACGCUGAAUCCCUUCUCUCUUUCCAGCUGGACUUGGGGCCUUCCAUCUUGGAGGAUGUGCUGGGAGUGAUGGAUAAAGACUGGGACAAUAUUAAAGGGCAGGAUCAGGAUGUAUUGAGGGAUGAGAGCUCAAGCCCACUGGGAUGUUCCCAGCAGGAGGAUGAAAAAGAAGAGGAAGAAGAAAGAAGCCUUCAGAUUUCUUAUUGUGGGAUUCACACAGGAAAACGGCAAUCAGAAUCCUAUGGCACAUUCCAUGAUGCUACUUCUGAAAAAUAA